UCCAGUUACGAGCGAAAAGUCGGUCAGCGAUGAUGUUUUGUCGAUGUUUAAGGAGUGGACAGUUCCAGGAUACUUAACAAUGAAAGGGAAAAGCUCAAUAUUGAUCGUGUUAAUAAUAAUCGCCGGUCUAGUGAUAGUUGGCGUUUUAUCAGAAAAUGAUGGAGCAACUGUCACCAAAGUAAAGACUCCUAUAGAAACAGAAUCCCAGGCUGCAGAAGGAGACCAAACAAAUAUUCCUGUGGACCCUGGGGGAUUACAGCAUGAUCUGUUGCGGGGGACAACUAAGGACACUGAAGGUGUUGGAACUGAAGAUGAGUUGGAUGUGUGGAAGGAGGCUGUUGUGGAGACAACAAAGGAUGAAGAGGAAAGUAAACAAAGGUCUGACAAUUCUGACACUGAGAAGAAUUCUAAAGAGGCGAUCCCUUCAACAUUAACUGAUGAUAGUCCUAGUGAAACAGCUACAGCAGCCAAUGAGGAUGGACCUAAGACUGAGCAGGAAAGGGAUUCGGUAAAACCGGGGGAGGAAUUAGAACCGAAAAGUGAUGACCAGACCAGCCCUCCUGUAAACAAAGAAACAGAGGAUUUACAUGUCUCAGAGGACAUUCCAGUCAGUCCUGAAGUUCCAGAUUCUGAGGUGGUAGACACGAGUCCAGAGGUUGAGAGUACGGAUACCAACAAGUCUGAAGAGAAGAUGGAUGAUGAACCUGUACAUGUCGACCCCGAGUUCCAGACAUUCACAGAAUUCUUUGAGCAGAACAAACAGGCUGAGGAGGAGAAAAAGAAACAAAGCAAGCUAGCUGACAUACCUGGUACUGAGGUGCUCCAAAUGAAGCAACAGAAGCGUGUGGUUAAUGUUGCAUCAAAGGAAUGUGGGGCGAAGAUCAUAUCCAGUAACCCCGAGGUAGAGAACCCAGGGGGUGUGCUUACCUCCAACAAGGAUGACUACAUGAUCAACCCCUGCAAGGCAGCCAAAAAAUGGUUUGUGAUUGAACUGUGUGAACCUGCUCGUGUCAAGUCCCUGGAGGUGGCCAGCUUUGAGCUGUUCUCAUCACAGCCCCGGACAUUUCGUGUCCAGUUCAGUGAAGGGUACCCUACCAAAGACUGGCAGGUGAUGGAACCGUUCAGUGCUACAGAAGCCCGGGUAAUACAGACAUUUACCGUACCGGAGGACUUCAAUGACUACGUCAAGUUUAUCAGGGUAGAAAUGUUGGACCACUUCGGGGAGGAGCAUUUCUGUCCACUCACUAUAUUCAGGGUUUUGGGUGUACUGGUGGAAUAUGAUGCCUACAUGGGCCAGCAGAUAGACGACACCGCCUCAGGACUAUUGAAUCAGCUAUGGUGAAUGAUGUGGAAGAUAUGGAGGGGGACUCAGACGCACCGAAAAAUCUCUUCGCAAGUGCUACAGAAUCGAUGAUCAAGAUCGUGAAGAAAGUAUUGAAUGUCGGGGACAAAUCCGGUCAGAAGGACCUGGGACUAAAUAAUACCGUCAAUACAAAUGACACGGACACAUCUAACGUAACGGGGACAGCACUUCCUGUCAAUGUAACCAGUGAGGGCUACAUGUUACCUUGUGUACCACACCUCAGUGAGGAACAAGUGUCUCAGCCAUCAAGCAUUGUUGACCAGCCAAACACACCUGUUCCUGGAGAAACAGGAGCCAACACACACAGUGGCACACAGAGCACCUCUCAUUGU